AUGGCGGAAUUCGUGCGGGCCCAGAUCUUCGGCACCACGUUCGAGAUAACUUCGAGAUACUCGGACUUACAACCUGUUGGCAUGGGCGCAUUUGGACUGGUGUGCUCUGCGAGGGAUCAACUUACAAACCAGAAUGUCGCCAUCAAGAAGAUUAUGAAGCCCUUCAGCACACCUGUGUUGGCAAAGAGGACAUACAGAGAGCUCAAGCUGCUGAAGCACCUGAAGCACGAAAAUGUCAUCUCGCUCAGUGACAUCUUCAUCUCGCCGCUGGAGGACAUCUACUUUGUGACAGAACUCCUGGGCACCGACCUGCACAGGCUCCUGACAUCCAGGCCUUUGGAGAAGCAGUUCAUCCAGUACUUCCUUUACCAAAUCAUGCGUGGCCUGAAAUACGUCCACUCAGCUGGUGUGGUACACAGGGAUCUGAAGCCUAGCAAUAUCCUGGUCAACGAGAACUGCGACUUGAAGAUCUGCGACUUUGGUCUUGCUCGCAUUCAGGACCCCCAGAUGACCGGAUAUGUUUCCACUAGGUACUACCGCGCGCCGGAGAUUAUGCUUACUUGGCAAAAAUACGACGUCGAGGUAGAUAUCUGGAGCGCGGGAUGCAUUUUCGCCGAGAUGCUUGAGGGCAAGCCACUCUUCCCUGGCAAGGAUCACGUAAACCAAUUUUCCAUCAUCACGGAGUUGUUGGGAACCCCGCCCGACGAUGUGAUCAACACAAUCGCCAGCGAAAAUACUCUGCGAUUCGUCAAGUCACUCCCCAAGCGGGAGCGACAGCCUCUCAAGAACAAAUUCAAGAACGCUGACCCAUCAGCAAUCGAUCUGUUGGAGAGGAUGCUCGUAUUCGAUCCCAAGAAGCGUAUCACAGCGACAGAGGCAUUGGCCCACGAAUACCUGACCCCGUACCACGACCCCACCGACGAGCCCAUAGCGGAGGAGAAGUUCGACUGGAGCUUCAAUGACGCAGACCUACCUGUGGACACAUGGAAAAUUAUGAUGUACUCGGAGAUUCUGGACUACCAUAAUGCGGAAGCUGGUAUGCAACAGAUGGACGACCAGUUUACCGGCCAAUAA